AUGGCUACCAAGGCAAAACCCUCCGAAGCCAAAGUCCCUGUACUCAAAGGGAAAGAAGCCGAGGACAAAGUCCUCGAGUACAUGAAAAAGAUGAAUCGUCCCUUCGGAGCCGUCGAUGUCUCCGCAAACCUCAAGGGCUCCGUCCCGAAGGCUGCUGCUCAGAAGAUUCUCGUCUCUCUCUCUGAGCGCGGAGAACUUGUUCAGAAGACGUGUGGCAAAACCACAUUCUUUGUCGCCAAUCAGGCUAAUUUGGAGGAUAUGCCUACUGAGAAGCUGGCGGCGCUGGAAAGUGAAUACAAGAAUAUGGACGAAAAUAACAAGCAGCUUGUUGUGGAAACGAAGAUGUUCAGUACCGAGGUCAACAGAUUGAGAAGCACGCCCACAGACAAGGAGCUGGCCAGCGAGAUCGUGAAGGUUGCGGAUGCGAUUGAGAAGGCGCAAGCGCACCUGGAGCCUCUACGCGCAGGUACACGCCUGGUAUCAGCGGAAGAGACUGCGCAGUUAGACUCGGAGUGGACGCGGUGGCGAAAUGAAUGGACCCGUCGCCGGAAGAUCUUUUUGACGUUCUGGUCCCUGGUCACGGACACGCUCACGCCCCAGCAGGCGACGGAGCUAGGGGGUGACCUAGGAAUAGAACACGACACAGCCGAGCACGGAGUCCUCGAGAAGGGGGCGCUUUGCUCGACGGGAAGCGUGCUGGGGAAGAGACGAAGAUGAG